UCGAAAUGUGGGUUCUCGCGCUUGUAGAAAAGUGAGAGGGUUCGGGGCAGAGCGCAGUGGCUCGUGUCGGUGAAAACAGCUCAUUUGGAGCGCGUGGGAGUGAAGGUGGCUUCACGGUGCGUGCCCAGUUCCGAAUAAUCCAGACAAAUGACAGUGGUCGUCACCCGAGGGUUGGGAUCUCGCUGCGGGGAGAUGUCGACGGCUUGACGCCACUCCGUACGAACCUAACCUUAAACCACGCCAAGAAACGCUCCUAUCGGGCUUUGAUGCUCUACAACCCCCAGGCCGGAGCGUUCCGGAUCAUCGAGAGGUUCUCUCGACAAUAAGCUUUUGACCAAACUGCCGAUCAAAGACUGAACCACCGAUGCGAGGGACAAUCGACUCUGACGUUAAGCACGGACAGCAUCAAUGGGAAACUGCUUUUCGUGUUUCAAGGUGCCACCCCCACCGUCUGCUUCGAAUAGACCGAUCUCACAGGACCACAAAGAAGAUACGAUGGAACUCCGGGGCCCAUACUCUUCAAGUUCCUGCUCCCAGACCGGAACCCUGACCACCGUGGAAACCCACGCUAAUGGAAAUAGGAAGUCUCCGCUGACAGCUCUUGGCACAUUUAAUAAUGUCGGUUCGGACAAUUGUGGAUCCCUUCCAGUUUCUCAGAACAAUCCACGACUAUCGAGGGGGUUUUACUCUCGCCUGCCACCUCUCGGUCGCUCGGGGACCAGUUCUACCCUUAACCUCAAUGCAGAUUCAAAGCAGCAGAGGGAACCCUCCGAGAGCAAGCUUAAUGCUCUCUUCGACCUAUAUAAGGAGCCGCACGAGGACAUCAUCUUGGCGGACGGGAUCGAACGGCUCUGCGAGGACCUGCAGCUCUCGCCGGACGAGUUCAAGGUCCUGGUGCUGGCCUGGAAGCUGAACGCCGAGCAAAUGUGCCAAUUCACCAGGCAAGAAUUCGUGACGGGGCUGCGUUCGAUGAAAGUGGACAGCAUCCGAGGGAUCCAAGCGAGGCUUCCGGAGCUGGUGCAGGAGCUGACGGUAAACGGGGACCUCUUCAAGGACCUCUACCGGUUCACGUUCCGCUUCGGGCUAGAUGUCGGGGCCGGCCAGAGGAUCCUGCCAGUUGACAUGGCAGUCGUCCUCUGGAGGCUGGUCUUCACGAUACGCGAACCUCCUCUCCUGGCCCGGUGGCUCAGGUUCCUCGAGUCCCACCAUGUCCGCGGCAUCCCCAGGGACACCUGGAACAUGUUCCUCAACUUUGCGGAGAACAUCGGCGACGACCUCGGGGCCUACGACGAUGCCGAGGCCUGGCCGAGCCUCUUCGACGACUUCGUCGAACACGAGAAUGACCAGAUGAAUCAGAAUGUCACCAAGGACGAUCUCAUCAAGGACUCCGCGGCCGAGAAAGACUAGGAUCACCGGAGGGGGAACUUCGCGUGCAUUGAUUGUCCCCGACCUGGACUUGGAGACUCCGACCACGGGACAUCCACUAAUCCCUGGAACACGUUCAUCGAGCUCGCAGGGCCUUAGGCGAUGUUCAUGAACCUGAACAUUGUCAAGAAGUCCAUUGACAAGGAUUAGACUACACAUAUAUCGAAGCUUCGUCCUUCUCUUCUAUAACCUCUUACGAAGAUAGGCGAUUCACCCGAGAUGAGGACGAUCAAUGAAGAUCCCUCAUCGACUGGUGCACGGACUACAAGAAUCACAGAAGCCUUGAAGAGUUCUGCUUCUUCCGCGUCGCGACGUCGAUUUCCGAAGACGCUUAAGCACUGCGACUGGACCUAUCAAGUAAUUCCGAAAGUUCCGUCGUUCUUUUUCUUUUUUUUUUUUUUUUUCUGACAACCUUUAAACGUUUUCACUCCCAAUUAUUGAGAUGUCGAGUCACACUCGACAAAAGAAGGUAAUCCCUUUGGGAGAUUAUGCCACUCAGGAGACGUACUUUUAAUUAUUUUAACACGGCCUGACAAUGAGUACUUUAUUCUGUAUAAAGUACUCGCGAAUUUACGGGCUUCCGUCCUGGAGUUUAAUUUAACUGCGAUUAUAAUUGCGAUUAGAUUGCAUUAGGUUGGUGCGUCAUUAAUGUUACAUCACAAGGUAAAUAAAAAAUUGUGAAGGAUAACAUUAAUUAUGCACCUCUCUGACAGUUCUACGAUGUCUUUAAUAAUUCCUUUUAAUCGAGUGACACUGGCAGUGAAUUUGUUCAAAGCACUUGAGUGUUCAUUUUUAUAAUUGUGACCGCAGUGAAAUUAUAGUCUGACAUCGUCACAUCCAACAUGGCCAUUGUAGUUAAAGAAGAGUUACGUCGACUUUACUCUCGUCUAAAUUCGAGCAUUUCUCUUAUUUUGAAUUGAAGACUAAUGGAUCGUAUUGAUCUUACGAUGCUGCAGUAUCGAAGGAGUGUACUCGAAGAGUUCGCUGGAAAGUCUCUUCGAGCUUCCUUGGUGCUGAGAUAAUUCUCCAUCUGUGUCACGAUGUGUGGUGAAAUUUCUAACUCGACCUAGAAAUAAUUUCAUGGUUAACGGUGUGUUUGGUGAUGUUUAUCGUAGCAUUUUGUCGAUAAUUGUAUAUUGAGACUGUUGUGAGGAAAUUCUUUAGCGGUGAUGGGUCAACAAUGUUAGCGAAACUGGAUCGGUCAGGAAUUCAUCAUUAAAGCGAAUAUUCCUUUUCUACGAAUGACUGCAUUGAAUGAAAAAAUUAAGUUUGUUCAGUAUAAUCAAUGAAACCAACUCAGGUUGCAGACUUUUGACUUUUAGCGAAACUAAGUAGGGGUUCGACUUGAGUAAAAUGUAAUAUUUAUUUAAUUUGUGCAAUAAUUGGUUUUAUCUGUGCAAGAAAAUCCUCAGAAAAUUCUCUUUGCUGCAAAGAGCUGGAAAAUAUUACAAUUAUUGGUAUGAUCGAGUAGCAUUUGAAGCAGAUCAAAUCAAUGCGUAGCAACAAUAACUCGAAGUAGAAGAUUUCAUCGCAACAGAGUCUUAAUUGAAAACUUAAUGGACAAUGUUUCAAUUAGUACUACGAUGAGAAUAGUGUUCGAAGCAGUUGAAUGUCACUGCGCAGCAACUUUAAAUCGAGGCAAAAGUUUCUAUGUGCAGCGGAGAGCUUAAUGGACAUAUUUCAAUUAGUAUUACGAUCCGAACCAUGUGAUACCCAUUGGAACACAAGCUAAUCAAUUAAUAUCGGGUUCUUCUGUAAAUGUAAGACACUGUUCAAGGAAGAAUGAAUUAAGAAUGUCGGUGUGAAUGUGCAAGUGUGAAGGAAAGACAGAAAUUGCGAUAGAACGAUGAAAUGAGAGAGAGAGUCCUCCUUUAUAUAAAAAUCCAGUGACGCGUGGCAUUUUAUAUACAAAGUCUCACUGGCCAGUUGAAUGGUCGCGUUUACACCCGAAAUUUAUAAAAAUCCAUGGAUCCCGUUCGACCGAUCUAUUCUUCUCGAAAAAUUGAAUCGAAAAUCUUUUUUGCACAUUUUUUGGAAACCCAGAUUUCUCGAGUUAUAAUGUCGACCAAUCGCGUGGCGGCUCCAACGGAAAGUGCGCAAAGAGUUUCCCAUUCAACUUUUUACAAGGAAUGCGAUUGGCGAAAGGGAAUUCAAAUUUAUUGGGUGGAUUUUUGCAUACGCGAUUUGGUGGUCUAGCGCGUUUAGAGACAUUGUACAUUGCGUGUAAUUACUUGGCAAGUACGGAGGCGAUUUAUCAAGCUUUCGAGACCAAAAUCCACGUUUCGCGGCGAACUGUUGUUAACACGUUUUUUUUUUAGCUUCGCUUUUCGUUUUCAUGAAGUUGGUUCGCACCGACGAUUUUGAAAAAUAAAAUGAAAAGGUUUAGAAUUAAGUUUAAAGAAAAAAGCUGCAGUCGAACGUAUCUCUUUUUUUAUACGCUGUGUUUCGUCGUCAGUCAUGACUCUCAUCUUGAAUUGUGAUAAUUUGCAUAAGCUGCGUAAUCGUAGGCAAUAAAGAAAGCACUUUUAAUUUAUACAAGAAAAA